GCAAGAAAGUAUCGCUGUAAAAUAGUUUUUGUCGAAGUUCAGGUAAAACGGUGACGACAAUCACCUGUAUGUUGGUUCGAGAGUCAGUCACAAGGUGGCAUAGUUGUGUGACUAGCCGGCAGCUCAGAUCGAGUAACCAAUAAGCUGAGGGCUCGGGAGUUGAGAGUCGAUUUUGCCGGUUGGAGUCUCUGAAACGAGAGACCCACUGCAUAGUGUCCUAUGACUCUGACUCGGUAGGAAGCGCAUCAUCAUCCAAAAUUCAAAGUUCAAAUUUUUUUGGGUUUAUGAGUCAUUUGUGUAUGUGAGAGUUUUGGAAUUUUGCUAACGUGCCUCUCUACAAAUGGAUUUUCUAUAAAUUUAUAGUUGGAUGAAAACGGCCCUCUUCGUAACUCAGGGCUGAGGGAGAAAUACUCCGACAUGUCCUGUAUGAGGCAGAGAUGGAAGACGGCUGUGACAUCCCUUCUACUACUAUUAGGUCUAGUCCACCUGAUAAAGGCAAGAAGAGGAAUGGAGAGACCAAAGUACAGAACAGCAUACGCUUGCGAAGGUAGCGAACUUCACAUUUCAUGCGAUGAAGGUCAUUUAAUACACCUUAUCCGGGCUAAUUAUGGAAGGUUCAGUAUAAGUAUAUGUAAUGAACACGGAUCAUUAGACUGGAGUGUCGACUGCACUUCUCAUAGAUCCUAUUAUGUCGUAUACGAAAGAUGUAGUCUCAUGUCCAGUUGUACUAUCGCCGUUACCAGCGAAACUUUCGGUGAUCCUUGCCCGGGAACGUAUAAGUACUUAGAAGUGCAAUACAGGUGCAUGCUAGAUUCAACAUCAACCACAACAUCAACCACGAUGAUAACGACGACUACGUCGACCACAACAAGACCACCAAUCAUCAUCCCAGUGACCAAAUAUCAAAGGCCAACCUCAACAUCAUCUUCAGUCAUAUCUGAUGGCGAUUCUAGUCGCUUUAAGCCUACAAAUACGUCUACAACCUUAUCCCAUCACGAAUCUUCUUACGUUAUCACUGGAUCAGAGAAAACUAUUUCCUCGACUUCUCAAACACCCACUAAACUUCGUUCUUCGAGCACCGAAUCCUUUAGGCCUUCUCUAUUCGUUACAGAAUCAUCAAAUAGUGAAAGAACUCGAAGUCCCGAUAGCACAAAUGUUGAUAAAUUUAAAGGAAUGUGCUCACCUGUACAUUCGCGUACGUUGUUUUGGAAUUGGACUAAAGCGGGUGAAGUUGCUGUACAAAGAUGUCCAGGAGGUGCAAUAGGUGAAGCAAAGUGGAGUUGUUCGUACAGUGAUGUGACAUGGACUCCAGCAUCUCCAGACUUAAGCCAAUGCAGUUCUGUAUGGGUAGAUAAUCUCAAAAAUAGGAUCGAAAGAGGAGAUUCUGUAGUUAGUAUUGCUGCAGAACUUGGAGUCAUUACUCGUAAUAAAGUACUUUACGGUGGAGACGUUAGCCAAACGGCGCAGAUUAUGCAUAGAUUAGUUGAAAAAAUGGCUGAUAAAGUGCAAGACGUUCCCGAUGACAAACAACGUCAUCAAGUACUUCAAGAAUUGUUAGAGUCUGUGACUGAAGUUAGUAGUAAUCUUUUGGAAGAAGAUCAUAAAGAAUCUUGGGGUGAUUUAUCUAGUGUAGAGCAAAAACACGUUGCCUCUAUGAUAUUAGAAAAUUUAGAGCAGAGUGGAUGGAUGUUAGCUACAGCUCACAAGUCCAGAUAUCAUUUUAGGAGAGUUGAGGGUAACAUAUGUAAGUAUUUUAUUUCAUUUAAGAACCGUUAUACUGUUAAUGGAAAAGUUCGUGUAGUUUUGAAGCCACUAGUUAAAAAGAUGCCCCUAAUUGGUGCUGUCACAGUAUUUUUCUUUAAUAAUCCUAUCGAAAGAGGAGAUUCUGUAGUUAGUAUUGCUGCAGAACUUGGAGUCAUUACUCGUAAUAAAGUACUUUACGGUGGAGACGUUAGCCAAACGGCGCAGAUUAUGCAUAGAUUAGUUGAAAAAAUGGCUGAUAAAGUGCAAGACGUUCCCGAUGACAAACAACGUCAUCAAGUACUUCAAGAAUUGUUAGAGUCUGUGACUGAAGUUAGUAGUAAUCUUUUGGAAGAAGAUCAUAAAGAAUCUUGGGGUGAUUUAUCUAGUGUAGAGCAAAAACACGUUGCCUCUAUGAUAUUAGAAAAUUUAGAGCAGAGUGGAUGGAUGUUAGCUACAGCUCACAAGUCCAGAUAUCAUUUUAGGAGAGUUGAGGGUAACAUAUUGGUAUCCGUAAGACUAGUAGAAGCAUGGGCUGUGUCGGAAGUUAGCUUUCCUUCACCAGAAGAUGUGUAUGGUACAAGUUGGUCAUCCGUACAAGAUUCAUUAGUUCUACCGACUCAAUCAUUAUUAGGCAGUGCAACUAAUGGAGUCGUAAAAGUGGUAUUUUUAGCAUAUAAUAGAGUCGAAGAUUUUAUGAACCAUGACAAUCUUGGCGAAAUAACAUCUGAUUCGGACAGUAAUAUUACACGGAUAAUCAAUUCACGUGUAAUAGCAGCUACACUCGGAAGUUAUCAUAUGGUGAAACUUGCUGAAUCCGUCACCAUUUACUUUAAACAUAUUCAGGAAGAAAAUGUUACGAAUCCACAAUGCGUCUUUUGGGAUUUAGAUACCAGGGAGUGGUCACCUGAAGGAUGUUGGGUGAAAAGUUAUAAUUUUACUCAUACGGUUUGUGCCUGUGACCAUCUCACAAAUUUUGCUCUAAUGAUGGACGUUAGUGCAACUAAGAUUAACCACGGUGAGAACAUCAUGUUGAAGAUUUUUACAUACAUUGGAUGUUCCGUCUCUAUGUUGUUUCUAAUCUUAACUCUCAUCUUCUUGCAAAUGGUCAAGAAUUUGAAGAACGAUCACAUCACCAUCAGGAAGAAUUUUUGCAUAUGCAUUUUUAUAGUAGAGGCUGUACUUAUAGGUGGAAUUGACCAAAUGCAUUUUAAAAUAUUAUGCUCCGUCCUAGCAGGAUUAGUACAUUAUUUUCUAUUAGCAUCAUUCGUAUGGACUUUCUUAGACAGUUUUCAAUUGCACAUAACAUUGGUGAAUCUAUACGAGACAAAUAAAUCACGGAUGAAAUGGUACUAUCUAGCCGGAUAUGGCCUACCUUUAUUGGUUGUAGUUAUAUCAGUAAUAGUUGAUCCAUCCAGUUACGGAACUGAAUCAUAUUGUUCCUUGGAUAUUACCAAUUUCUUCGUAUUUAGUUUUGUAGGACCUGCAAUAGCUUGCGUGCUGGUAAGUGUAUUUAUUAUUUUUAAUUGUAGGUUACAAAGUAGAUGUGGAGUCGUUUCACUCAUUAUAUUAGUAGCCAAUUGGACGAUUUACUUGUUACAUUUGUAUCAAGGAACAGCUGUUAUGGCUUAUGUGUUCACAGCCUUAAAUUGUUUACAAGGAAUUAUUUUCUUUAUCUUCUUCAUCAUUAAAGACGAACAGUUACCACACCUGAAUUGGAAUUCACCCAAGGAGCUCCCCCAGCACCCAACCAAUAUAGAACACCUGAUCUAUACCACACCAGGUCACCAAUCUAUUGCCACACUCAACAUCUUGGAACGUGAAGGUACCCAUCUUUCGCAGUGGUACUCCGAUACGGAGUAUAGCAACACAGUAAUGCGAAUCCUCGAAACCGAAGACAGGAGACAGAAGGAUGAUACUACUAAAACUUAUUGGCCACCACCCCCACAGACUGUCGACUUUACUUGUUGCACUCCUUCCGGUCAUUCUGUCUACAAUAUUGAACAUUUUUACGAAUCAAUCGACGAAUAUGGACGUCGUGCACCUAUUACACCAUCCAGAAUAUCAUUACCCAGAACUGAUUCCUAUUACUGCCACGGUGAACAUUACAGCGAGACUGCUACUUAUUCUGAAAACUCGCAAGGUAGUAUGGCGGCUCCUUCAUCUGUUUCUGCAGAUUGCAACGUCGGUAUUCUUCAGAGCAUGCCUAAUUUGCGAUUAUGGAACGAGGUUUCGUCUGUUUAUCCUCCUACCACUUAUAAAUAUUCAAGUUUCGAUGAUGGAAUCGGUGGUGACGUUAUGGGGACGUGACGCUAGUCACACUAGUCACAAACGACGUCGCCCACGGCUAUGUAAAGCCACGUAUAAAGUUUGGAAAUAUCGAAGAAGAGGAGUUUGUGUGUUUUUUGAUGUUAGUAAAAAUGGUGCGGUUUAAAAAAUUCGUCAAAAAACGAGAUGUGUAUAAAAAAAUAAUAAUAAUAAUGUGGAUUAUAAAUACUCCGAAGGAACCAUUUUUCACAGGAAUUUUUCUCCUUCUCAGCUUUGUACAUUUACGCGUGUUUCCCUCUUCAUUCCAGUACAUACGUGGUCAUGUUUGUUGUGUCCCUCUUAAUCCCUUUAAAUCGUUUUUUGGAAAUUUUUGUAACUGAGUAGAUUAUUUAAAAAGAAAAAAAAAUGAAAAAAAUUUAAUGGUACUGGAAUUUCUCCGAUGCCUUUUUUUCAUCUUAAAAUCUGUUUGAAGAUAGCCAUAGUUUUUUGUACCUAUUAGAAACCAAACCAGCUACACCAGGUCCAUUAUGAUACUUCUCAUCUGCCAAAAUUUCAGAACUUAGAAGAAAGAGAGAGAGAGAGA